AUGUUUAUUUUUAUCAGCGCACCAAACGACAAAAGUGAAAAAAUCAAAAUAACGUGUUCACCCACGGACGAUAUAAAAGAACUCCGUGAUAUAAUUUCUAAAGAGUUCGGUUGUAAAGAAUAUCCACCUGAAAGGCAACGCCUUUUAUUUGGAGGUAAACAGCUGGAAAAUGGACACACUCUCUUUCAUUAUAAUAUUAAGCACAAUAGCGUUGUCCUACUCAUUAGAAAACAAAAAAUUGAAACCUCUUGUGAAACCGAAUCUGCAGUUUUAUCUGUGGAUAUCCCUGUGAAAGCUGAGAAAAAAGUUAAUUCACAAGUGUCAGAACACGAGAUUUCGAACCACCCUAUCGAAACUAAAUCAACAUCUGUCAUGGAUGAUCUGAAUAAUUUUGAACAAGAAGAGGAAUAUUUUUGUACUUUAUGUGAAAAUAAAAAAAAAAAGUGUAAGCAUUGUGGGUGCAAUAUUUGUGGCGGAAAGGAUGACGAUGAACACACAAUAGUGUGUGACGAGUGCCAAUAUUAUUUUCAUUUCUAUUGCUUAUCCCCGCAAAUCACUGAGCUACCAAACGAGGAGUGGUAUUGUCAAGAUUGUAAGCAUAAAAAUGUUGGUGUUGUGUUAGCUGGCCAAAGUUUAGAUCUCGAAAAUUCGAAAAAAUCAAAGAUGCCGUCAGCUACACAAAAAAAGAAAUGGGGAGGAGGAAUGGCUUGCGUAGGACUUUCCAAGAAAUGUGAGAUAGUAGAACCUGAUUACUUUGGACCAAUUCCUGGUGUUCCAGUUGGUUCAUUAUGGAAAUAUAGAAUAUUUUGCUCUGAAUCAGGAGUCCAUCGUCCACCUGUUGCUGGUAUCGCUGGAAAAGCUAGCAUUGGCUCUGUAUCUAUUGUACUCAGCGGUGGAUACCCUGAAGACAUGGAUAAUGGCGAUGAAUUUUAUUAUACUGGUUCCGGUGGUCGAGAUCUUAAAACUGGAAAUAAACGAGUUGCAGUACAGUCAUUCGAUCAAGAGUUGACUAAAACAAAUGAAGCUCUUGCUAGGACUUGUGAUGCUGAAGUUAACGCUAAAAAAGGAGCCGAAGCGCGGAAUUGGAAAAACAGUAUGCCAGUAAGAGUAUGUCGAUCCUCGAAAUUAAUGAAGCAUAAUCCAAAAUACGCACCAGAGGAAGGAAUUAGAUAUGAUGGAAUAUAUAAGUUAGUAAAGUAUUGGCCAGAAAGAGGUGCGUCUGGAUUCAAGGUUUGGAGAUAUCUUAUGCGCCGGGACGAUCCAGAACCAGCUCCAUGGACUUCGGAGGGAAAGAAACGAAUUAAGGAACUUGGAAUAAAAAUGAUCGUUGGAGAUGAUGAUGAAGUUUCCAAGAAACGUACACUUGAUUCAGAUGAUGAUAAAGGUGUAAAUUCCAAAAAAGCUAAAAAAGACAACAAAUACAAAAUUUCGGCCAACCUUAAAAAGUUUAUUGAAGAUGAUAAAGAUAAUCAACGAGCCUGGACUACAGUUCUUGAAUCAAAAUUUGAAAAUCACACGGAAUUUAUCGAAAUUAUAAGCGAACGGGAAUUCAAGUGUCCCGUUUGCUUUGGAUUAGUUGUGCAACCUAUCACUACAAAUUGUACUCAUAAUGUUUGCCUGGAUUGUCUUACUCGAAGUAUAUCAAUUAUGGGUCACAAAUGUCCUGAAUGUAGAACCGAAUUUCCAACGAAUUUCAGAUUGAAACCGAAUCAAAAACUUAUCAAAGCGUUACAUGAGGUGAUCCCUACUUAUGACUUGUAA